GAGAGAACAGAACAAAGAAUACCUGUGAAGAAAAAUGGCGGAGGAAGCCGCCCCGAAUAACGGCACCGGCGGCUCUUCCUCCAGCUUUGCCGGCGGUCGAACUGAUGAGGAAUGCCAGGACAUGAUCCGAAGAAGCAUGCGAACUCCGAUGGUGAAAUUUUUGAAGGAGCAAAUGGAGAAAGCUGGUUGUGUAGUGGGGGAAAAUUUCAUCAAGGCAGUUCAUUGUGAUAAGCAGAUUAGUGGUGGCUAUGUUCGUGGCCAAGGGGUAUGAUGGUUUUCUCUUCUCAUAUUGGAA